CGGGGAUUGUAGUUCCGAACACACAGGUCGCCGAGGAAUGUCGUUUUGUGCAGUCUGUAUUCUGACUGCUCUAUGUUCACAGUGAAUCCUCUGACCCGUGCUUGUUGCAUGAGAUGAUGUAUCAGAUGGUCGGCCCGGAAUUCUGAGAGGAAGCCAAUAUCUUGAUUGAGGAGAGCCGAGUUUGUCUUGAGAACAAUGCCACCCUGGUAUCACAUGAACGUCUGAGUGACCAGAAUUGGUGUAACAUGAUGGACAUUUCUUCCAGCAGCUCUAACCCGGCCCAGGACAGUUGUCCAUCAUCCCUUGUGCCGUCAAGCGAUACAACCUCAGGUUUACCUUUUAGUGCACAUGUCCUUGUGGGUGUUACAGGAAGUGUGGCUGCUUUGAAACUGCCUAAUCUGGUGUCUGGCCUCUUGCAAAUACCAGGGGUACAGGUUAAAGUUGUGAGCACAGAGAGAGCUAAGCAUUUCUACAACGUACAUGACCUAUCUGUUACAGUAUAUAGUGACCAGGAUGAAUGGGAGAUGUGGAAGGAGCGCUCCGACCCUGUGUUGCACAUAGAGCUUCGUCGAUGGGCUAAUCUCAUGCUGAUCGCUCCUCUUGAUGCCAACACUUUAGGAAAAAUAGCCAGCGGCAUUUGUGAUAAUCUUCUGACUUGUGUAGUGCGCGCAUGGGACCUAAAGAACCCACUUUUGUUCUGUCCAGCAAUGAACACAGCGAUGUGGAACCAUCCCAUCACAGAACAGCAAAUAGCUCAGCUUCGAAGUUUCGGGUACAAGGAAAUUCCCUGCAUAGCAAAGAAACUUGUAUGCGGGGAUGAAGGGCUCGGAGCUAUGGCCGAGGUGAAUACCAUCAUUAACAGUGUGAAGCAAAUCCUCUCGGAUAAUCAAUUGCUGGGACAAUCCCUUUGAAGUGGCUGUGUACAUUUUUAUUUUUAUAUAAAGUUUAAUAGUUUGGUACCCAAGCAGCAAAAAGGAAUGAACUGUCUGCACCUGAUUAUCAAUGAUUAAUUACAGCACUGGACUGUAAAAUACUCCAGACCUGCUGCAAGUCUCCACCCAAUCAUGAUUAUCAAUCAGUACACCUGAAAAAGUUAACAGACGAGGAAGUGUUCUACCGGACAGGGCACAUUGCCCAAGUGUAAUUAUAGUUGGAUUCAAAGGAAAGUGUGUUAUCUUUCCAGAAGAAGACAAAUCAAUUUACCAGAGCAAUGCCAUAACAUUCUCACCUGUACUUUGUGAUGUUCUCUUAAUGUUUAAAGGAAAUGCGUAUUAGGCACGCAUAUAUCUUUUUUUUAACACAGGGUGAGUGGUGUUUUCUGGAUUCUGUGAUAUAUGUUCACUGCAUAGUUAUAUAGUAAUAUAGACUGAACUUCAACCAUUCACAUAUCUUUGUUUUUGCAGUUAAUACAAAAUAAAUGGAAUAAAUAUAUAUUUAUUUGGAACA